CAUAUCCGUGCACCAAACGCCAAUCAUUUGCGGGGGAUAUCUGCUUAUUUAUAUAUCUUCCUAGGUCUGUACCACUUGGGAUCUGUGCAAGGAAGAAAUUUACAAGGGGAAAGAUGACGGGGCGGAAGUCGGACCCGACCAUCGUCCACCUGGUGUGGGAUGCCAUCCAGAGCUGCAUGACCCAGCGCCAGCAGCCCAACUUCGAGAGGGUAUCCAAGCAUAUCAUGCGCUUCAACAGCAUAUCACCUGAUGUGAUCGAGGACGAGCUUUCUAAGGUGGUGGACGAUGGUUUGGUGCGGUUCGUGCAACGGCUGGGAGCCAAGGGAUCGAAGAAGGGAGAAGAACAAGAACUGUAUAAACUGCCCAAAGGACCCCCGGCGCCGAGCGAGCACGACUGGUACUGCGCCAGCUGUCACCAGCCCGGCGAGCUGCUGGCCUGCUCCGGCUGCCCAUCCGCCCGCCACAGCAAGUGUCUGACGGAAGCCGAGCGUCAGACGCCCUUCACCUGCCCACAGUGUCAGAUGGCCGCAGCGGAGCAAUGUGAUAUCAAGAAGAAAACACUCAACACGCUUUUGGGGUACACCGUUCUUCGCCUUAAAGCAAGGAUGCUGCCGCUGACGGCGGAGGACGCCGGCGUGCUCUCCCCCAGCUCGGACCCCGAGCAGCGCUUCCGCACCGCCUACCUGCUCUACCGGCCGCUGGAGAUCUUCGACAUCGAAGACAAGCUUGACAGACAGGUGUACAGCAAGCUGUCGGAGUUUGAAGGUGACGUGCGGUUGAUGGUGCACAACAUUAUCGUCAUGAACGGAGCGGAGUCGCAGGCGGCGGCGGUGGCCGGCCAGGUGCUGCAGGACUGUCUGCAUGACGUCCAGGAGAUCCGCAUCUGCCGCGAUUGCUACCGCAUGUCCAACGAGAAGCCCGGCAAGAACUGGUUCUGUCGGCCCUGCCGGCCGCCGCACGAGCUCGUUUUCGCCAAGCAGAAGGGCUACCCGUUCUGGCCCGCCAAGGUGAUGAAGACGGAGAACGACAUGUUUGAUGUGCGAUUUUUCGGCGAGCCUCACGAGAGGGCGUUCGUGACGCGGGGGCAGAUCCGGCCCAUCACUACCUCGCUGCAGGCGCUACAGAUCAAGCGAAGCAACCCCUGGACGCGCGCCCAUGACGAGCUGAAGCGGCACCAGGCGCAGCUGCGCCGCGUGGAGGAGCAGCCGUCGCUGCUCAACUCCGACUCGGAGCCGGGACUCGAGUCAGAGCCAGAGUCGACCGACUCGCCGCUGCGGGAGGGCGCCGCCCCGCCUCCGACCAAGCGACGUCGCAGGGCCUUCGAUCCGGACGAGGAUGGCCUGGUCGAGGUCAAGGACUGCUCCAUCGUCGUCCAGAAGGUGGAGAACGACAAGCAGCCGGCCUGCCUGCCGUCGCCCGACGACCAGGUGACGUCAUCGUGCCAAGAGCCACAGCCGCGCACCGUCGCCACCCAGACGCCGGCCAAGUUCCUGCGCACCGGCGCCACCGAGCAGCAACACCCGAGCCCGGCCGUCAGCGAGGAGCGCGUCCGUCAGCUGGAGAAGGAGCUGGAGCGGGCGCGCCAGGCGCACAAGCAGGAGCUGGCCAGCCUGGACACCCAGUACCGCCAGCAGCUGUCCGCCUCCAAACGCAAGCAGUGGUGCUUCAAUUGCGAACAGGAGGCCAUCUACCACUGCUGCUGGAACACCGCCUACUGCAGCACCGAGUGCCAACAGGUCCACUGGCACAAGGAGCACAAGCGUGUCUGUCGCCGUAAGCGCACGCUGUGAGCGGGGCCCCGGAGGGGUGAGACGGUCGGAGCGGCCGUGCCGGGCCCUGGCUGCCGUGUGCGGCGGGCGAACGGCCGUCAGCGGCGCCUGCGGACGCCCGUCAUGUGGCGGCGUACCCGCGAGAACGGAGCCACCCGCCGACCGGCUACCGUGUGCGACAGUGUGCCGACCUGCGGACCGAGAUUGGCCGGGCGCGCGACGUCACGCCUCGCCGCCACAGUCAGUCCAGACGCCUCGGGACCCGGCGGCCGGGCCCUGUAUACUGAGCUUAGCCAUAGGGGUUCUGCGUAUCAUGUGCUUACCUGUCCUGUCCCAUUCUUGUUCGGCCUCUCCCCAGCCUACGAGUGAACAGGCUUGCCAGAUCGUGGCCCUGCCGGUCCAGAGCACGGGCAUUGUCUCUAGCAAAUCGUGGGGUGCCAGCCUGUCAGCGCCGCCUCUGUGAAGGCAGAAGUCACUGGGCCUGUGGACGUGCCGGCGGCGGGGCCCACCCGGCGCCCGUCCGGUGACGGGAGAUUCCGGCGUGCCAGUGAGGCUCGUGUGCCACUGUCGCUGCCGGGGGGCACGGGUUGCAGCGGCCGCGCUCAGCUGCGGCGAGAGGCGACGCGUUCGUGUAAAUACCGUAGCCAGGGCAUUGGAUCGGUCUUUCGCUCGGCGGGCCGCGGCGGACACCAGGGCGGCGCAAGUGGCCAGGCGCGGCGCCACGCUAGUCGGCAUGUGUGCUGUGCAUCGAUGACGAGUUAAUCCCGGCUUGGCCUCCCACACACUGCACCCCGUGCAACCAUCGUGUCGAUCAUGCAGCAUGCAGUGAUUUGGGCUCAUUUGUGACCGAGUGUGGUAUCCAGGCGUGGCGGAGCCGGCCGAUUGUAUGACGUUUGCGACGUGUUAUGUUAGAGUGUGAUGUGUUUACGCUAUGCACCGGCCGGGACGCGUCAGUGAUUUUAGUGUGCG